AUGAAGAGAAAACGCGGGGGGAAACGUGGGGGGAGAGGCAGGGGAUCAUCGAUCAAAGAAGACGAGAUCAGAAAGUGCGAGGGAUCAUCGAUUGACGAAGACGCGAGCAGAAAGUGCGAGGGAUUAUCGAUUCAAGAAGACGAGAUCAGCGAGGAAUUUUCGAUUGAUGAAAACGACAGGAUCAGUAAGUUACCAGAUGAAUUAAUUCAUCACAUACUUUCUUUCAUGGAUAUGAUAUUUGCUGUUAAAACUUGUGUUUGCUCGAAAAAAUGGAAUUAUAUGGUGACUUCUCUCCCAACAUUAAAGCUGGAUUAUUCUUUGCAAAAAUAUGGUCAUGAAUAUGAUGAGUUUAACAUCGAAUUAGUCAGCAAGGCACUGGAAUCCCGUAAUAAGUAUAUUCAACGGUUACAUAUUAACCUUCCUUAUGAAUAUGAGCGUCCGAUUCAUAGCUGGAUACAAGCUGCAUUAGAAGCUAACGUCGAAGAUAUUUGUAUUUCUCACACCAGUGAGAAAAUUCAGAUUCCGGACGGUACGUUUUCCUCUGAUUCAUUGAAAAAGUUGACACUUGUGAUCCCUCGUAUACCGAUUGAUCUAUCCAAGUCAUCGGAUUUACCUAGUCUUGUAUAUCUGAAACUUGAUUAUAUUCCAUCUGCGGAUGGAGAGGAAAUAAAUAAGUUAGUAGCAAGUUGUCCUGUUAUUGAAUAUCUGGAUUUAAUGUUACGUAAUCCUAUUACUUAUCAUGGUGGUAUUAAAAUCCGUUCUCCUACGCUGAAGCACUUAAAGAUUCGUAAACAUGAAGGAAGAACUUCGCUGAGUUUAUAUGCCCCAAAACUUGUAUCCUUAUUCUUUGAAUCAGCUACAAACAACGUUUAUCUGGAAGAUGUUUCUUCCCUAGUGAAUGCGACAAUUGCUACAAAGGAGGACAGGCAUCAUGGUGUUUCGCAUUAUGGUGCUUCUUCCCUAUCCAAUGCGACAAUGGUUGCAAAAGAGGACGGAGGUGAUGAUAUGUCUACAGAUCUUACACCUCAGAGAACGUCUCUGGAAGUGCUUCGUAACGUGCAAUGUCUAACAAUAUCGGUUCCACUACUCCAGGAUAUCCCGGGACUUCCAGAGUUCCUAGAACAUAAAGAUCAUGUACCUGAGCAGUUCGAUAAUCUGCGGGAUUUAAAGUUGCUCCAAGUUGAUUUUUCAUGGAGCACUUCCGUUUUUAUGAUAGCCACCUUUCUCUCGAUGUCCCCAAAUAUUGAAUCACUUAUCUUGGAACUUGCUAGAUAUCGCGAUUGGGAAUCAGCUUCAAAUCAAGAUGAGCUGCUGAUGAUAGAAUUAGAGACGUUGUCUGUGAUGUUCACGCUGAAUAAGCUCAAGAUGGUCAAGGUUUCUAACUUUCAAGGAAGCGCUAUAGAAAUGAAGCUUCUUAAAAUUUUGUUGACGAAGGCGGACGUUCUGGAAAAAUUCCGUAUCCACUGCAAACCAGUGGAAAGACUUUCGGAUGCUUCUGUACGUGGGAAUAUUUUCGAUGACCUUACUGAUUUGCGAAAGAAAUUGGACCUUCCGAGUGUCGCAAUAUUCCUAGAUGUACAGGAAGCUAGACGAGACUUCGCCUAGCACUUGAACUUUGGGCGUACCUUAUUUAUUUUCUGAUUUUUUUGCUUUCUCCUGGAUUCGUACCUUUGUUAAGAUUAACUUUUCUCGACAGUUCUUUUUUUCAAAGUAAGUCUUUAUGAAAUAUUUUUAGGCAAUUUCU